AUGGCGUCCGAGAUCUAUCGCCGACUUCCCAUGGAGCUACCUGCGCAGCAUUUGCUGGCGAGUCUCGCUUUGAUUGGAGCUCUUUUGUCAGUUGGCUAUCUACUGUUGCGACCUACAAAAUACCAGCUACCUCUUCCCCCUGGGCCCCGAGGCCUGCCCAUCAUUGGAAAUCUUCACCAGGCCCCAAAAGAGAAAGCCUGGGAAGUCUACAAGCAAUGGAGCGAUCGCUACGGCCCAAUUAUGUCGGUGAACAAUGGCGGUAUGAUCACAAUCAUCGUCAGUUCGCACGAAGUUGUGAAAAACUUCCUAGAGAAAAACAAUGCGGUCUUCAGCAGCCGGCCCCAGCUUCUGGUACUCGAACGGGCUCUAUACGGCUUCACGACCCCGGCUCUGCCUUACGGAGAGAAGUGGCUCAAGCAUCGCGCACUCCGUGGCGCAGUCUUGAAGCCGGCUAUGGCUGUGCGAUACAGGGGCCUUCAAGACCUGGAGUCCAAACAACUCCUCAGGGACCUUCUCUAUAAUGAAGAUUUCACACAGUGCAUGCGCCGUCAGGCCGCCAGUCUGUUUCUUGGUAUUGCAUACGGGAACAGAUUUCCUGAGGAGACGCCGGAGAUCAUCGACAUUGAUCAAGCCGUGGCUCAGCUGGGCGGCAUUUCCGAGUCUAUGUUCCAAGGCACGGGCAUGCUUCGCGAAUUUUUCCCCGUUUUGAAAUACUUCCCCGGUUACGAUAAGUUCCUGAAACAGCUCGAUGACGUGGGCGAGCGGCUGGCAAAUAUCUACGUGCGUCGCUUAAGAGACGGGCUGAGCACACCGGCGUGGAACUGGGCCAAAGAAUACUCGAAAAGGCCUGAGGCUCAUGGUAUGGGAGAGCUAGAGUUGUCGUUCUGUAUUGGCUCCACCUAUCAGGCCUCCCUAACUCCAUACGAGAUUCUGCGAAUCAUCCUGCUGGCCGCUAUCUGUCAUCCUGAAGAAAUGGCCCGGCUGCAAAAGGAAAUUGACCUGGUCGUGGGGAAGGACAAUCUCCCCGGCUGGGAGCACAAGGACCGGAUCCCAUUUGUCCAGGCCUUCAUAUAUGAGGCUCUGCGAUGGCACGCUUUCUCGCCUCUGGGGGGCCCCACGUGCCAUAUCGAAUACAAGGGAUACUUCAUACCCGAGGGUGCUACACUUGUUCUCAACCAAUGGGCUAUGGACCACGACGAGAAUGUAUACGAGAAUCCCUUUACCUUCCGGCCUCAGCGAUGGAUUGACAAUCCAGAUCUGCCCCACGUCAUUUUCGGUUUCGGGCUGCGUGGCUGCCCCGGACAACAUCUGGCUCGUGAUCACCUGUUCAUCAACACCGCUCGUCUGUUCUGGGCCUUCAAUUUCGGCAAUGCUUACGAAAACGGCAAAAAGGUUGAGUUGGACCUCGAUGAGCUGAUGCAGCCACGUGGGGGCGGAUCGGCUUUCAAUCAGGUUCCUUCCUUCAAAGCUUCAGUUGUCAUUCGAAGUUCGGAGCGGAGGCAGAUUGUCGAGAACGAGUGGGACGCAGUUGAGAAGGAUGAGCAGAAGAUUCUUGCCGAGGCAAUGCCCUUGACGGAAUAA